AUGUCUUUCACGCUUCCCCCAAUCAAUGACAACCCCGACGGAGGAUGGGGUCCGUCUACAUCUAACCUUCCCCAAAACUUCAAGUUCAAGGACAUCCCUUACGCGCCUUACUCAAAAUCUGACAAGCUUGGCCGUUUUGCUGACUGGAAUGAUCUCUCUGGCGAUAACCGUCAAGGACAAGGUCAUUCGUCCCAAAAUGCUCGCGGAGGAGGCAGAGGCCGUCGCGACAAUGCCCAGGCCUUUGGCAGCGGAGCUCCCAGCGCAUUCGCUUUCCAAGUCGAGGACGAGUCCACUUUCUCUUUGGUCGACAACAAGACGAGCGCUCCUCGUAGGGGUGGGGGUUUCGCCAGAGGCAGAGGGGCAGGCCGUGGAGGCGCUGGUUAUGGUGCUCGUGCUCCUGCCAGGGGUGGUCGUGGUGGCUUUACUGGUGGAAGAGGUGGAGGUGGCGGCCAGAGAGGUGGUCGCCGAGGGUGGAGAGAUUGGGAGAAGAAUAAUCGCACACGCGAGUCGUCCGUUGCUAUCGAUCCAAGCUGGCAGAUGCUGGAAGAGAUAGAAUUCCAUCGUCUGUCAAAGCUCAGGCUCGAAGUCGAUGACCCCGAAGACCUCGAAUCGUAUGGGCGACUUUUCGCAUACAACAAGACCUUCGAUCGUAUUACCACGAAGACUGAACGGCCACUCCAACCAGUGGACCGCAUCAAGUACAAUACCACAACCUCUGAUGACCCAGUCAUCCAGCAGUUGGCAUCUAAAAACACUGCGACUGUGUACGCUACGGAUGUUAUUCUGAGUGUCCUGAUGUGUGCACCUCGAUCAGUUAUUCCUUGGGACAUUGUCAUUGUCCGUGAAGGAGAUAAGGUCUUCCUCGAUAAACGCGACGGAGGGCCUUUCGACACGGUUACCGUCAAUGAAAAUGCAUCAGAUCCUCCUCAGGAUCCCACCCCUCCCAAUCCCAACAAUCCCACAGAGAAAGCUCCGGAGGCUCCGUCGAUCAACUCUGCGACAUCGCUAUCUCUCGAGGCCACUUACAUCAAUCAGAACUUCAGCUUCCAGUCGGUCACCGAGACCCCGCCUCCCCCACCCGUCGACUUCCAAAAGCCGAAUCCUUUCUACGGUCCGGAUGAAACUGAGCCUCUCGCAUCUUGCGGUUACCGAUACCGCCUGUACGAUCUCGGAAUCACCGAAGACGAGGAUAUUAAGUUGUGCGUUCGUACCGAAGUCGAUGCGUACCUUCCGGGUACCGGCAACCCUCUUGAGGGACACGGCCUGACUACGAUUCGUGCUUUGAACGAAUUUGAUCCUCGUGCUCCGGGUGCGGGUGGUGCUCCUGACUGGCGGUUGAAGCUCGAUUCCCAACGUGGAGCUGUCGUUGCUACAGAGAUGAAGAACAACAGCUGCAAGCUGGCCAAGUGGACGGUUCAGAGCGUUCUCGCAGGUGCUGAACAAAUGAAGAUUGGGUACGUCUCACGCGCCAACCCGCGUGAUAACACUCGGCACGUCAUCCUGAGUACUGCAUCAAUGCGGCCAACGGAUUUCGCGGCCCAGCUCAACGUCUCGCUCGCCAACGGAUGGGGUAUCGUUCGCACCGUUACCGAUAUGUGCAUGAAGAUGCCCGAGGGCAAGUACGUCUUGGUCAAGGACCCAAACAAGCCUGUUAUCCGUCUAUACGCUGUGCCCUUAACGGCGUUCACCGGAGAAGAUGAGGAGGAGGAAGGUGUUGGUUCUGAUGGUGAAGACCUUGAGGCGUAAGAUGUCGCGCAAGGUGUAUAGUACGUCAAAACGGCACCAUAGGGUCGGCGUCCGUGUCGAUGUGGAGUGUGAUCUGUUGGAGGCUGUAACGCUUGUGAAUGAGUUGUGCAACAACUGUUGUUUGUAUUCAAGAAUAUGUGAGGACAUGUCAUUGGGAACUGAGCAAAGUCUCCACAGCACUCUCCGUAUUAGAACUGCGUUGCAAGGCGGCCACAAUGACUUCACGUUGGUACCCCGGGAACAUCGAGGUCAAUUGCGAGAUUUCGCCAUCGCUGGGCACCCGCAAGCCCGUUGCGUUUCGUUCUGUCCUCCCGGUAAGCUCAUUCAUCCACUCUCUCAUAACUGAGGUACCCGAAGAUGCUCCUGCCGCCCCAUCAACUUCUGGGGCGGCCUGUGGCGCCGAUGGAUUUCGUGCUGUGGUGAUCACUUCAUUAUCGAGCUCCGUAGAUGUGGAGGCGGGAGCAGUACGUUCCUCAGGAAGAGCACGAUUGGUUCGUCGAGGCGCGCGGGUGGAGCCAACAAGGGGCAGGAGGAAACGUGAGGAGAUCUGCACGGCCCACGGUGGUAGCCUGUAUGUCUUGAGACUGGCAAUAUCCGUUCGGUAGAUUGCACCCGUGAGGAUGCCAAUCGCCGCGGUCACUGUGGACGCCCAGGGCUGGCUUAUGGCAAGCUGAAACGCGAGGAUGUAAAGAAAUAUCUUGUUCGUUACGAUGACCCCAAAGAUGCGGAACUGGUACACUGAAGGCACACGCCUUGAGUACUGGUACAAAAGAUUGAAGAUCAAUGGCGUCGGUCCAGAAGGGAUAUGGUUGAGUCCAAAACGGUGGAAUGUGAGCAAGAACAGAAACUCGAGAAUGGUGGAUACGAGGGUAGAAAUCAAGGCACACGAAGCAAAUUUGACGCUGCCGAAUUGUCGCUCAAGUACAAUUCCGAUGUUGAAUAAGAGCACCUCCCAGACAAAGAGUUCGCUAGAGUUUGAAUAUGCCAGAUCAUGGACGAAUAAUCGCCAGUACUGAUGGUGACGAGAAAGAUGGGGAACCAGCUGAAGAGGGAAAUAAUGUUUUACGUCGAAUAUAGCGACAGAGAUGGAUGUAACGGCACAAGCCAUCAUCAGACCCUUGGUCACAGGUGCAUGCUGGAAGGACAUUUCUCCGUUGUAGACUUCGCCACAAGUACGAGUCGAGCGAGAGAGAAAGCUUCUCAAAGUCUUGUCGAGUAUUCUUCGCUGGGAUGUUGCGUUCACCCCCGUAACUGAGCGAGGGUCUA